AUGUUGUUGCCACGGCAGCCAAGGGAUGAUCUUGCGCUUUGCAACCCUGGAGUUCCCAUUCCACAAGUGGUGCCUCGGCGCUUCAGCAGGUUCAAUCUUACGGCCGAAUGGAAGCGAAAGUGCUCGUCCCUGCCGCAUCCGUCGAGUGUUCCCGAUGCAAAUUGGUGCUGGGAGUACAUGAAGCACAACGGCUGUUAUGCAUCCCACGGUUCUACGACUUGGUUCGAGGAUCAGGCCAAGGUUGCCCAGUUCGGCCAAGCCCCUCCGCCUGCCGAGCUAGCGAUGGAUGCACUCGUGCACCCAUACCUCUGUGAAAAUCCGCGUUUCGGGAAAGAGUGGCGCACUCCUUUCGAAAGCAGCGCCAGCUUGAAUUGGAUGCGCGCUACUGUGGCGGUGUAUGUGGUACACCUGCGAUCAGCCACUGACAGAUGGCGACUGGUCAGCGCCAGGCUGAAAGAGCUUGGGAUCGACUUCCAAACUGUCGAAGGAGUGGACUUGACUGUCCUGGAUGACUACGAACAAGCGCUCCGGGAAGGACUUCUCCCGAGGGUGGUAAACGGAAGCCUGGGCACCCUGGGCUGCGCCGCAGCCCACUUCAGAGCGAUGAGGACUGCCGCAAGAGGUCCGAAAGCCCUGGCCCUGAUUCUUGAAGAUGAUGUCUGGCUGUCAGAUGAUUUUGCAGCGAAGUUGAGACAGCUUGUCCACGACGAAGCUCCAUGCAACUGGCAGAUUCUUUCUCUCAAGUCGCGCUGCCCCUUCGGGAAGUGUGUGUCUACGCAUCUGUCACAAGUUCAACCAGAUGGGAAUGCUGGCAGAUGCAGUGGUGUCAACUUUGGCUUUUUUGCAAUGCUGUACCGCGUCAACUCACUCGACGAUAUCUGGCAGAUGCUCUACGAAGAGGUUUGGAGCCAGCAAUGCCACAAUCUUGAUGUGGCGCUAGCUGGCAUCUCAGACAAGGUAGCAUACUAUGCGGUGCCUGCAAUCCAGAUGCCAGGCGCAGAUGAGAUGGAGAGUUUGACAAAGAGAUCCAUCGACCCUGCGACGUCGACGGCUAUCGAAUGCAGGAUUUCUUUGCAACGGGGCCAGAGCAGCCAGCGCUUCGGCGUGGCAUGCGCCAAUCUAGCAGCGGCCUAUGCUUCCAGCUGUUUCGUCGUGAUGAGAAUCCUGGAAGGGGGACAGGUGGAGGCUUGGAACGACACGUGCCAGGCAUGUGAAGAGCCAUGGCGGCGGAUUCAUGUCGCGAGUGCAAUUCUCUCUGUGAAUGGCAUUUGCGGGGACAUCAAACGAAUGCAGCAGGAGCUGGAAACCACAACUGCAGUUAGUCUCACAUUCUGCAAUCCACCCAGCGUGCUUGCCUUGUGCUCUGUUCUCCGAGCUGCGUCAACGGGAACGGAGCUUCCCUUGCCGCACCUUUUCUGGCGGGAGAGUGCCAAGAGGCUUCUCACAGAGCAUGGGAUGCAGAUGCAGAUGCGAACCAGCAGUUUGCGCUUGAAUGCGACCAAAGCCACCAACCUCUCCGUCAUUGUUACCACAAGCCCGGUUCCCUCCAACCCUAGCACUGAGAUGCUUGACCGUGUCCUGGCCAGCAUGCAACUGGUGCCUGGACUUGGUUCAGCUCCGAAGAUCAUCGUUUGUGAUGGCUGCAAGUGCGUGCCACCGGGGCACAAAACAAAUCACAAAGCAGGAAAGGUGACGAUUGAAGAAGCACAGCGUUACGAACAGUUCAUCGAGCGACUGCGCGAGAAAUCUGCAGAAUCGUGCAACUGCGAGGACGCUGCCUUCUUUGGUACCCAGGUCCUGUCCAUUAGCGAUCAUCAUGGAUUCGGCUUUGCCGUCAAAGCUGCCUUGGCUCACAUCACCACAGACUAUGUGCUGGUCGUUCAGCAUGACCAAGAGUUCAUUGCCGGCUUUGAUUUGGAAGCUCUGCUCGAGACGAUGUCUCUGCACCCUGGAGUUGUCAAGUACGUCGGCUUGCCAAGUGUCUCAACCUUGAACUAUGAGCAUGCGAUCCGAUCGAAAUACGGCCUUUCUCUACAUUGCACUACGGAAUUUGGCGUACCACUGACGCCAUUGAUUUUCUUCUAUGACAAGCCACACGUCUGCAGCACAACACACUAUCGCGCCACCAUCUUUGGACCAGGUUCCCCUGUACGAAAGGGCGAUUUCAUAGAGGAGACUCUGGGAGUGGCUGAGCGCGAAGAUAUCCUGCAGAAUGGAAUGGAUGCUCGACCGCACAAGCGAGAAGCUCAUGCGAAAUACGGAACGUUCCAGUUGGAUUACAGAGAUCUCUCCGACCGCCAAUUGGCUGUGAUUCGGCACGUGAACGGUCGAGCCUUCUUAUCCCCAGAGCAGCGAGUUGCGAAGGGAUGGACAGCCACGCUGCGCUUCAUUGUCUAG